AUUAGAUAUCUGAAUUUAGCGCUUCCUUCAUCAUCCGCCGCAGACUUCAGUGAACUUCGUGAACAUAGUUAACUGAAGUUAGCAGUAACGAUUUGAUUGAUAAAACGGCACUCGGCUCCCUGCCAAAUGCUUUAACUUUGCUUCGAGAGAAAAUAUAUAAUUUGAUUCCGCGAGCAGCUCAUCCAAUUGUAAAUAUUACGGAUCCGAAUUUUCAAUGUCGUGAGAGGCAGAAGCAGGCGACCUAGGAUGGAGAUGCUCAGAUUCUGGUCCGUUGUUACUUCUUUUUCUGUUUUCGUCACUGCAUCAGAUGUACGUGUAGGACCAAAAGAUCCGAAAGAAAAAAGUUCAAACACACCUAAAUCGAGGAUCUAUCCCAGCAUACACUGCUGACACAUCAUUGUCUGGUUUUUCAGGACGGAUCUAUUGAUGCGCAUUCGGAAUUACAAGGAUUUGGAAAACCCACCAAACUAUGAUUCAGAUAAAAUCACGGUCAUCGAGGCGGACCUGAAUGUAAACAGUUUCGAUUCCAUCAACGAGGCCAGCAUGGACUUUAAGAUUUCCGUGAUGCUCCACUUGCGCUGGAUCAACCACCUGAUCACGAACCAGUUCACGUCAGUGAAGAGCACGCUGGAGUACGUGGAGAUGGACGCCACUAAGAUGGGACGCCUCUGGGUCCCCGACCUUUACUUCCCCAACGAGAAGCGCUCCAGCUUUUUUAACGUGAUGACCGACAACAAGAUGAUGAGGCUACAUCGGAACGGAACCGUCGACUACACCACUAGAUUAGCGUUAACACUCUCCUGCCCCAUGAACCUGGAGAGGUUUCCGUUUGACAAACAAACAUGUUCGAUUAAAAUAGAAAGUUUUGGAUACACAACUAGCAGUUUACAGUUACGGUGGUCAAAUAUUUCUGAAAAUGCUGUAGCGUUAAAUCAGACCAGUCUGCCGCAGUUUGAGGUCACUGGAAGAAACUAUUCGCACCGGGAGAGAACCCACAGAUUUAGAGGAAAUUUCAGUUAUCUCCAGGCUGAUUUUCAUUUGGAACGCAACAUAGGCUAUUAUAUGAUACAAAUGUACAUUCCUAGUCUCCUCAUAGUUUUGCUUUCUUGGGUGUCGUUCUGGCUUAAUGUAAACUCAGUUCCUGCCCGAAUUUCCUUAGGCGUACUUUCAGUUCUCACAAUAACAACCCAGAGUUCUGCAGUCAAUGCGUCACUUCCUCGAGUUUCAUAUAUCAAGGCUAUUGAUAUCUGGAUGACCACGUGUUUAGUAUUUGUAUUUGCCGCUCUGAUUGAAUUCUCUAUGGCUAAUGUUUUAAGUCGGAACAGCAGCUCAGAAAAGGAAUUCCUACAGCGCAUCUUCGGGAUGACUAAGAUUGGCCGUAUAGAGAAGGAGAAAAACGGAAAUGAUGUCACUAUAGGUUUGCGCCGUCGUCGACAAAGUCAAACGGAUGGUGAAAAAAAAGAUCUCAUUGUGAACGAGAUCGGCAAUGUCAAUCUGAAGUCAGAGGCCAAUGAGAAAGCAGAGAAGGUAGAGCAGAACAAGGGUCUAGUCUACGCCUCCUAUCUGGAUAUUGCAUGCAGAGUUCUCUUUCCUGCGAUAUUCGCCAUCUUUAACAUCAUAUACUGGGUUUAUUUCUGGAAACUUACUGUCAACUAAUAAUAUUAUUCACCAACAGCAUUCCCAUAAUAUGUAUUUCCUAAUAACAACACCUACACUUCAAGUGCACCGUGAGAACAAGACCUUCAUGUAGAACUGUAUAAUACGAAGUAGAAAUUUUAGCUGUUCGUUCUGGUCCUAAUACAUGUUCAUGUAUAAAUGUAUGU